AUGGUCGAAAGUAAGUAUUUAGGUCCGGAGGCAGUACAAGAAGAGAAUGAAGCUAUUUCCAAGACAAGAGCUUGCAUGAUUGCCUCACAAGAUCGACAAAAGAGCUAUGCUGAUCCUAAGUGUAAGCACAUUGAAUUCCAAGUGGGAAAUCAUGUAUUCCUUCAUGUUUUGCUUAUGAAAGGAAUUAAGAGAUUUGGAAGGAAAGGAAAGUUAAGUCCUCAAUUUGUUGGACCAUUCGAGAUUUUAGAGAGAAUUGGGGAAGUGGCUUAUAGGUUAGCCAUGCCUCUAGAGCUAGCAGGAGUGCAUAAUGUCUUCAAUGUGUCAAUGUUACGAAAGUAUGUCUCGGAUCUGUCUCACAUUCUUAGGUAUGAGGCAUUGGAUAUGCAACCUGACCUAUCAAAUGAAGAAAAGCCAAUAAUGAUUCUUGAUAAGAAGGAAAAAGUAUUACGGAAGAAGACGAUUGAGUUAGUCAAGGUUCUUUGGAAAACGACUCUACAGAAGAUGCAACGUGGGAAUUGGAAUCAGAUAUGA